AUGGCUGUAACAGCUGAGCAAAGUGACUUGCAAUGGGCGAAGACGUCGUCUAGAACCUAUGAACGGUCACUGGACGACAUGGAAAACUUCUUCCGCCUCGCCGGAGAGGGUGGGGUUGGUGCAACUGAUGGCCAACACUGGCAUAUCGCGGUGAUGGCCAAGAUCAAGGCGACCGGUAUCGACCUGAGAAAAGAUAUUCUAACAGCAUGGAAGGCUCUCCGUCGCAUCAACCCUUUCCUGUCGGCCAUCGUCCGAGACGGUCGCUGGAUUUACACCGUGGCCGAUGAGAAAGAGCUCGAGCCCUGGCUCAAGGAAUCGCUGCACUUCCACGACACUUUCAGCACGACCCGCGACAUGUUUCCCAUUCGAAACUUCACCGGACGCGCUGCCCUCCAUGUUUUGCUCCAAACUCAAGAGCUUUACCUGCUGGCCCCUCACACCCACCUCGACGGGAUCGGCGCUUACACUGCCAUGAGCAACCUCGUUCAGGCCUUGGCAGACGCCGCAUCUGUUACCAACAACCCGGAGCUCGGCGGCGAUGAGGCGCAUAACUUGGUCCCACCACUCAAUAUUCUCGCCGACAUCCCCGUUGCUACAGACGCCGACAGAAACACCUUCAAAUCCAUGUUGGGUGGCUGGAUGGCCAGCUUCGCGGGCGUGAAGCUCCAACACGACAACAGCACCAAGCAACCAUGCGGCGACCCGAAGAUUCUUUAUGCGCCCUUCAGCGUGUCUGAGUCGGAUCGCAUCGUGGCUCGGUGCAAGGAGCUGGGUUUCACCGUCACUGCUGCUGUGCAGGCAGCCGUCUCCACCGCGCUGCGCAAGCAGGUCAACUCGACUGCGUCGAUCCAGAGCGCCGUCACCAUUCACGACGUCCGCAAGUGGGUGGACAAGACCAAGUACCCCGCGACAGCUCUUGUAGGCGCGCUGGCGAUACCCGUCCCCGCUGUCUUCACCUUGGGGGACGACUUCCUAGAGACGGCGCGGCUUGCUAGGCAGAGAUACCUCGAGCCGGACCAGACGGGGCUCCUACGCAAGCUGCCACGCUUCUGGGGCCACGACAUGGUGGCGCUGAUGACUUCGCCGCCGCCAGGCGCUGAGGCUCCCAGCUCUCUUGGGCUGUCUAGCUUCGGCGUCAUGGACAAAUAUAUCCAGCCAUCCUACCAGAGCGUCGAUGGUGGUAAGGCUCAGGUGGAGGUGGAGGAUGCCUGGCUGGGCAUCACGUUGUAUUCGCCGGACAUCUUGCUGCACUUAUGGACGCUGCAGGGCGCAAUGAGACUUCAAUUUGUGUACAAUGAGGCAUAUUUCGAGAAGGAAAGUAUCGCGGCGCUGCUUAAAUCAACUCAGGAUGAGUUGCUGUUGGGUUUGGGUUUGAUGAAUUAG